GUAAAAAUGUUGAUGAUAUUCAAAUCACUAAAAAUCUAAUGUUGUUGCUAUUGAUCCUGGUGUUCGUACUAGUUGGUCUUGGUAUUCUCCAUCUAAAGGAUGUAGUUGGUUUAGUAACUUAG